CAAUGCACAAGGUAGUGGCUCUAGUAAGCGGGGGUAAGGACAGCACCUACACCAUACACCAGUGUGUCAGUGCUGGACACGAUGUAGUAGCACUGGCCCACCUCAAACCUCCUCCCAACAAAGAGGAGCUAGACAGCUACAUGUACCAAUCAGUCGGAUCCAACGUGGUUGAGUUCGUGUCACGUGCGCUUGGUGUGAAGUUGUAUGAGCGAGAGAUAUCAGGCACACCUGUAGCUCAGGAUUUGGGUUAUGAGAGGACUGAGAAUGAUGAGGUGGAGGAUUUGUAUGAGCUGCUCAGUGAGAUUAAGAAGGAAACACAGAUCACUGCUGUGUGUAGUGGUGCUAUUUUCUCUACUUACCAGAAGAACCGAGUUGAGGAGGUGUGCGCGCGGCUGGGUCUGGUCAGUAUAGCGCCUCUCUGGGAACGGGAACAAGAAACGCUUUUACAAGAAAUGAUUGACACCCAACUUCAGAUAAGGAUUAUAAAAGUAGCAAGUAUAGGUCUGGGCAAAUCUCAUGUUGGUCAACAGGCUUCGGACCUGUUACCACAUUUCAGCAGUAUUAACCAAAAGUUUGGUUUCAACGUUUGUGGAGAAGGCGGUGAGUACGAGUCGUUGGUGACGGACUGUCCGUUGUUUGGGUACACCAUUCAGAUUGAUUCUUCAGAGAAGGUGUGCCAUUCCCAUGAUGAUAUGGCACCUGUGUGGUAUGAGAAGUUUGAGAAUGUGUCCCUUGUUGAAAAACCGAUGCUAGAGAAAAUGAAUCUGAGGGAAAGAUUAGAUUUGUAUGUUGAUGGUGUCAGGGGUAAUUUGCCAGUUCUUAGUCACUGACCUUUUUAAAUGUUUUCUCUUAUCUAUUCUCUUAAACCUUUAACAUCUUUUGAGCAUGCAAUUGCAGAUAAUUUAAUAAUUUAAAGCUACAAAUUUUAUCUUUUUAUGAAA